ACCCAAACCAGCAAAGGACCCGACGAGGCUCCUGUUGGAUCGCUGAACCGACUUUUCUGGUCCUUGUCAGUUGAAAACCCAAAACGGCGCAACCCUUUUCUUGCAAACUCUAGACGACGUCCUGGCGCCGCACGCAGAUCGUCGUCUCUGCACCAUGAUGCGCUCUCCGGCAUUCCCACCGCGGCGACCUUCACAUCUCGUCCGCUACAUAGUACCGGCAGUCGUCUUGAUAUGCCUCCUCUAUUACCUUUCCAACACCGGCCCGGCCGUGCCCAACACAUAUUUGACCGGCGAUAGUUCAGCGUCGCACCAAGACCAACAGUUGUCCUACAAGCCGGGCGAGCACAAGAAGCCGUCGUACGAAACUGAGACGUCGGGAGGAAGCGACGCGAAGAAGGAAGGGGAGAGGCCCAUCCAGUACGACUCGAGCGACAAUGACGCCCCUUCAAAGUCGCAGCCUGUGCCGCCUACCUCGAGCGCCACCCACCCGAUCGACUCGCUGAUUGAAAUGGCCGAGACCACCUUCAAGGAGACCCUCGCCAAGGAGUCGCGCAGUCUGAACGCAGCUGCUGAAGCUUAUCGCAAGCGACGAGGUCGACACCCGCCGCCUGGGUUCAGAGAAUGGUACAACUUUGCUAAGGAACACGACGCCGUCAUGGUGGAGGACUUUUGGGACCAGAUCUACCACGAUCUGAAUCCCUUCUGGGGAAUGAAUCCCAACAUUCUUCGCAAGGAGUCAUGGGAUUUCGAAAUGACCAUCAACAUCCGCAACGGCAAUGCGACCGCUGGCAGUGAUUGGUUCUGGACCCAGAUCUGGCUCAAAAUGAUCAAGACCAUCGAGACGUACUUGCCAGACAUGGACAUUGCGCUCAACGCCAUGGACGAGCCUCGCAUGGUUGUGCCGUGGGAAGACAUUACUGCGUAUAUGGAGAAGGAGAUGAAGACGCGUGCUCUGUGGCCACCGAAGCAGGUCAUCAGCGAGUUCGACACUUUGCCAACUGUCAAGGGCGAGCAGGGAAUGAAGGAAGCAUAUAUGACGCCCAAGACCAGGGAGAAGGGAUGGGACUCUAAAACUGAACCUUAUUGGUUAAUCGCUCGACGUGGGUGUGCUCCCGACAGUCUUGCACGCACAGAGAAUGCAGUCAAGUCCUUCGACAAGACGCCCGACUUCAAGCCUACAUACGCGACCCCUCACCAGUUCCAGGGCUAUGUGUCGAACUCUUCUCUAUCGACCGAUUUUUGUCAUCAGCCGGAUCUCCAGGGUCUCGAGGGUAUUUUCAUCAAGCCCCUGUCGACCUCGGCUACCAAGGUUCUGUUCCCCAUGUUCGGUGGAAGCAAGCUGCACACCAACAACGAAAUUCUGCUCCCAGCACCCAUGUACUGGAACGAGGAGGCACGAUUCACUGGCGGUGGCUCUCAUGGUUCGGAGUGGGAGGACAAGAUCGGCAAUGUCAUCUGGCGCGGUGUCGCAACUGGUGGACGAAACACGGAGAAGAACUGGAAGGGCUUCCAGCGCCACCGAUUCGCCGCCAUGAACAACGCAACGAAGCUGGACCGCGCUCAGACAGGCGAAGAGGCCCCGGUCAACUUUGCUCUUCCUUCUGGUAGCGAGCAAGUGGCCGCUCAAAAGGACGGUCGUCUCGGUAAAUGGGUGGCCUCCUUCUCCGACGUUGGUGUGACCGAUCUUGCAUGUGACGAGAAGCUCGACGAAGCACUCAGGCUCGAAGGCGGCCAUUGUUUCUAUACCGAUCCCCAUUACGAUCUCGUCCCCGGCCGCACCCUCGAUGAGCAAUACGACUACAAGUAUCUCCCCGAUAUCGACGGUAACUCCUUCUCCGGACGCUACCUCGGUUUCUUGCGCUCCACCGCUGUACCGAUCAAGAGUACACUUUGGCGCGAGUGGCACGACAGCCGGUUAAUACCUUGGAAGCACUUUGUGCCCAUGGACAACCGAUUCCUCGACUACUACGGCAUCAUGGAGUACUUCCUCGGCUACGAGGACAAGGCGCCCUCCCACGAUGCCCAGGCGAAACAGAUCGCCGUGGAUGGCAAGGAGUGGGCCGAGAAGGUUCUGAGGAAGGAAGACAUGCAGAUCUACGUCUUCCGCCUGCUCCUGGAAUACGCGAGAGUCUCGGAUGAGAGAAGAGAAAAGAUGGGCUGGGUCGAGGAUCUGUUAUGAGAAGAACGGGAAAAACCGGGGACUCACAUUGAGCGUUGAUUUCCGAAAAAGGACAACACUAUAGGCUGUGUUGACCAUGUACAAAGCUGUGUCACGUACGAACCACUGAUCGACGGACGGGGCUAGGGGGGUUCGUUGUCUUGGAGUUCCGGCCUGGGGUGGUACCUGCUCAUAUAUUGAGCGACAGGGAGUCGUCUGACUCACAACGCUGCACAAUUGGAAUU